ACAGACCUACCAUUUCACAAGCUCAAGAGCUCAAAUUCUUUUCACAGGAACUUGGAGAGAGAGAGAUGAAAGCCAAGUGUUCAUUUGCGAUCAUCAUAACAGUCUUGGCAACACAUUGUCUGUCUGUUCUUUGUGCUGUGGACGACUUCGAUUUUUUCUAUUUCGUUCAACAAUGGCCGGGAUCAUACUGCGAUACGAAGCGUAAGUGUUGCUACCCGAAAACAGGAAAGCCAGCGUCGGAUUUCAGCAUCCAUGGACUGUGGCCUAACUACAAGGAUGGCACUUACCCUUCUAACUGUAACCCUGAGAAUGCUUUCGAUAAAUCUGAGAUUUCUGAUCUGAUCGGCAGUUUGGAGAAGAACUGGCCAUCAUUGACAUGCCCGAGCAGCGACGACACCAAGUUCUGGACACACGAAUGGGACAAGCACGGGACUUGCUCCGAGUCCGAACUCGAUCAACACGAGUAUUUCGAAGCAGCCCUCAAGCUCAAACAGAAAGUGAACCUCCUCCAAAUCCUAGAAAAUGCCGGAAUCAAGCCAAACAACGAGUUUUAUAGCCUAGAGAGCGUGAAAGAAGCAAUCAAGGAGGCCGUUGGAUUUGAACCUGGAUUGGAAUGCAACGUGGAUUCAUCGGGCCACAGUCAGAUUUAUCAGAUGUUCGUUUGUGUGGACACUUCUGGUUCGGAGCUCAUCAAAUGUCCGGUUUUGCCCAGGAGCAGAUGUGCUUCCAAGGUCCAGUUUCCCUCAUUUUAAUCAGGGCAUUGAUGGACUGAUUUGUAGUCAAAGUUAAUAACUUGUCCAUCCAUUGGACUAACUUGUAUCCACCUUUCUUUCGGAAUAAACGCUUGAUCUAGUUUCGCACUGAAGCCGACCAGCUGUAAUUUAUGAAAAUGCUAACCUUUGGGAUCUUUUGAGAUGAAUUCGAUUUAUAUUUAAACUAUUCGAAAGA